CUCCCCUCCUGCCGAGCCUUCCUCCCUCUGCCAUGUCCGCGCUCUUCGCCGGGAAGGUGCUGAAGGCGAACCGGGAGGAGGACGAGCUGGACACGGAGCGGGAGCUGCGCGGGGCGCUGGACAACAAGGUGCUGCUGCUCUACUUCGGCUCGGGGCAGUGCCCGCGCUGCCAGGACUUCGCGCCCCUGCUCAAGGACUUCUUCCAGCGCCUCACCGACGAGUUCUACGUGGAGCGCUCCCGCCAGCUCGUCCUGGUCUACGUGUCCCGCGACGAGACGGAGGAGCAGCAGAGCGCCUUCCUGCGCUCCAUGCCCCGCCGCUGGCUCGCGCUGCCCUUCGGGGACACCUUCGGCAGGUACGGCCGGGGCACGGGGGUCCUGCACCCGCGGGUGGCUUGGGGGGCCGAGGGUCUUGUCUGGGGGCCGAGGGUCUUGUCUGGGGGUUGA